GCCUUGAGGCUUGGAGGGGGUAUAGAUAGGCGGCUGGAAAGUGUCAGAGUUGCGUGUCGCGAUCAUCUCCUCACUCAUCACUCGCGAGCCCCAAGCAGUGCCAGUCCGCGCCCGCAGCUGCUCCGCAGGACUUCCUCUAACUCCCAACGUCAACCACUCCAACGUUCAAGAUGCCCGUUCCCGAUCUUCAGAAGCCCGCACCAGCCUUUGCCGGCACCGCUGUGGUUGAUGGCCAGUUCAAGGAGAUCAAUCUGAGCCAGUACGCUGGCAAAUACGUUGUUCUUUUCUUCUACCCCUUGGACUUCACAUUUGUGUGCCCAACUGAGAUCAUUGCCUUCUCAGACCGAGUUGAGGAGUUCAAGCGCAUUGGUUGUGAAGUCAUUGCUGCAUCAUGUGACAGCCACUUUUCCCACUUGGCGUGGGUCAACACUCCUCGCAAGGAGGGUGGCUUAGGAAGUAUGGCCAUCCCCCUGCUGGCUGACAAGUCUGGCAAGAUCGCCCGUUCAUACGGUGUUUACAAUGAGGAGACUGGCAUUCCAUUCAGAGGCCUGUUCAUCAUUGACAAGAAGGGCAACCUUCGUCAGGUCACUGUUAAUGACCUCCCCGUUGGUAGAUCAGUUGACGAGACUCUCCGCCUUGUGCAGGCCUUCCAGUACACCGAUGAGCACGGAGAAGUGUGCCCUGCUGGAUGGAAGCCUGGUCAGAAGACCAUGAAGCCAGACCCUGUUGGCUCCAAAGACUACUUCAAAUCAGCAAACUGAGCUUCAUUGCAGCUGCGGGCAGCUAACUAUGGAUUACUCAUGUAUACAACUCCACCACAUUGUCAUGGUAGAACUUACACCCCUAGUGUUACCAGCAUUUAUUGAACCAGUGAUGUUUACUGUAACUUAACUUAUUUGUACUAUUAUUUUUUACACAAGGCCCCAAUAAAUCAGUUCACAACCCCCUUAA